GGAUAAAUAGGACACAUGCCCCUGCUGACUAGAUGUGAAAAGCGAACCGCUCCUUCCCUGCAGGAGAAGAGAGAGUGGGUGUGUGGCCCAGCCCACUGUUCCCCUGGUUCCUUUCAGGAGGCUCUGGCAGGAUCCCUGACAUUAGUGUCGCUCUCUGGCUGCCUGCUGUCUCAAGCCAUGGCUGCACAGCUGGUUGUAGUACUGCUGGCUCUCACCUCCCUGGGCGCCGCAUCCGAACUGGACUGUAAAGAGCUGGUUAAGCCUCUGGUACUGGACAGCCACAGCCCCAUCUACGGAAAGUGGGUGCUGCAUGUGGGGUCGUGGGACCAGCCCGGCCUUAAAAGUGACCUGGUGUCAGUGAACAGCUCUUGGUUGGAACUGUCGGCUUCCUCAGACAGCAGAGUCAUCACUCUCUACUGGGCCGACCGUCUAAAUGAUAAAUGCCUUCAGGGUUUAGCCAAUGUCACCAUCUCGGGAAUACCCACUCACUUCACUUUUAAUAUCCACGGUCACACUUCAUAUCAUGAUGGGAAGUUCUAUGAGACCUGUGCCGACUGCCUCCUCUCUGAGGACACCACCCUCCUCCCAGAUGGCCAGUCUAAGGGACGCUACCUGUACCUCUUUACACGGACCGGUGCUCUGGAGCCAUCUGAAUUAGAGACCUUCAAGAAGCAGGCGGAGUGUCUGAAAUUUCUCCCAGAAUACUACUUUGUAGGCACAGAUCUGUGUCCAGAUGACCGGAAAGCUGCUUCACCUGAUGUGGAGGAUGCUGAGAAUUCUGAAACUGACACGCAGCCCACUGCAAAGUAAAGCAGAGCACAGAGGUGAUGUAGCGCUCUGAACAGCCUCCACGCACCCAAACACAUCCAGCUUAUCAUGUAAUAAGAAAUGCUGUAACUGAUCUGCAUGUAUAUUGAUGUAGUCUUAUAUUGUGAAAUAACUUCUCAUUUGGUUGGUUUCAACAGCAAAAAAGUUCUAGGCCUGCCGGUGUCAAGUUAUGUGGUCAGCAGUAAUGUAUAGUCUUUCACGUCUCCUUUAAUGCUUCAGCCAUUUUCCACCUUUGAAUAAAAACAGCUUCCAUGCUCCCUCUGUACUUUGAGUCAUUUAUUUCUAUACUUAUUGAGGAAAAGUGAUCGAUGCCUGGGCAUGAACAUUUCUUUAUCCUUUUUCAAAUACAGUUGCCAGACACCCCGCUGACUCGAAUGUCAAGGUUUUGUGCUUCAUAAAACUGCAGAUCUUCUAAAAAGCACCACUGUUCCCAAAGACUUCAACAAAGACUGCUGCCGGGUAACGUUGCCAUUAGAAAGAGAAAGAAGAAGUCAAACAUUUAAACUGUUGCCAGAAGGGGUUCACACAGCCCCAUGGGGAAAUAACCUUCAUUGUACUAAUGAAAAGCUGUUUCGGGUCCUUUUUACACAUCUUAACAGUCCAAAACAAGUGGUGGCACUUUGCCUGAGGUCAUUCAGGCAGAGCAGCAUGGGCAACAGAGGACUUUUAGUGCUGGUCAUUUAGUGCUGAGGAAAAGAAAUGUUGAAAUGUGUUGCUUUGCAGGGUCAAUAAAGAACCUUCAGUGGUGCAUUUGAGCGUACAGAACACCCCCUCCUCCCGCAGGAGCACUUGCACCACUUUUUUUAUUUUUUUGGAACCCGCCUUUCAGAAGAUUUUUGUUGCAGGAUUGACAACAGUGCCGCCGUCUUUCGUUCCCAUCCUCAUCCCUCUCUGACCAUGGCUCUGCCUGUUCUGGUUUUCCUGUUGGGCAUCACUUCUCUCAGCGUUGCGUCCGCACCUGAUUGUAAGGACCUGGUCAAACCUUUUGUGCCAGAUGACCCAAAACUGGUAUUUGGAAAAUGGGUUUACGUGAUGGGAGCCGGUGACCCCAAGCCAUACCACAAGGCACUGGAAUCUCUGAAAAGCUCCUGGAUAGACUUGUCUCCCACUUCUGAUAGUCAGAUAGUGACACUACGAUGGGGAGAUCAUUGUUUUAAUCGGUGUAUCUUGGGGGAGGUAAAUGCAACCAUCUCAGGUCAGACCAUCACAUUUCGCAAGAAUCUGUCAGACCACAAAGGACAUUUGCUACACACUUGCUCUGGCUGCCUGCUAUGGACCGAUACCUU